CUGCAGCUGUAGUGUCACUGCCUUCAGCCGGGUGGCAAGGACCAAAGAAACAGGGACGGCAACGAGAGCACUCCUCUCCUCUGCAAGAUAUGAUUCAGCAAAAAUUCAAGCAAGAGAUGUUCACCAAAUCUGGUGUUUUGCAGCAAGAAGAAAUGUCGACUAUUCAAGUUAAAAAUACCAUGUUGCAGUUGAAUGGUCAAAACUUCAGACCGGCAGCUAAAUAUGGCCACAAUUCCAAGACACCUGGCCUCUGUCUGUCAGCCACACGUGGGAGGGAGGCAACUGGUCACCUUACGACCUCCUUGCCUACUGAGGAGGGCACGACACAGUUGGACUUGUUGGUGCUCAAGCCACUGAAACCUGACAUAGAGAGGCAGGCUGAGAUUCAACCCCUCAGACGACCCCUGAAACUUGCCCCGCUGGAGCUACCGGAGAAGGUGAAGGAGGCUCAGAAGCAAAAACUUAAGUUUAUCCAGCAAGAACCCGAUCCGGCUUCACAUAAGCCGGAUGUGACAGUUAGUGAGCACCAAACGAGGAAGUUAAAAUCCUACACGAGGCUGAGACUGGUAAAAGCAGUGGCAUGCCCUUCUGCUUCCACUGAAGCACUCAAAGCCCAACAGCAAAACAGAUCAGCAAGGCCACAGCUGACAAGCUCCAACCCCACAGAGCAGAAUGGACACAAGCAUCUGGAGGAUGUGGUGUGUCGAGGUACUCCAGCUCCUCUGCGCAGCAAACCUACCCCUCCUUCAUCUUUCCCCCAAAUUAGAGCUCAUGCUGCAUGUGGCAGAGAGGCGGCGUGCCAGAGCCCGGGCAAGCUCCAGCACGAGACAGGGUGGAGGCAGCUGAGGCUGACUAGAACACAAUGCCUAGAAGAGGAUCAGUGCAAUUCAAACACGUCAACAGUGGGAUUAUCAGGAGAUGAACGCAAGCUGGUCCAAGGUGUCCAAGGCAAAGGGCACCGGGGAGAGAGAGCUCUUCGAGGACAGCCACAUGUUGGAAAAGGCAUCAAAGAGCCUCUUGCACCUGGAGCCUCCUGGGAGAAAGGAAGUGCCAGGAAGAGCCAUGAGGAGGAUGGCAGUAACCAAUCUGCAAGCUGCACUCUGAACCGACAGUCGGCUGAAGGUGGAAGCAGGGAACAUGCACCUGAUAGUCUGAAGCCAAGCUCUUCUAACUGUAGAUUAAAGAGGAAAAAACCUUUGAUCACAAAGCAUAACAAUGCAGUCCCUCUGGAAUGUCUCUAACUGUGAUAAAAUAACAUGAUGUCAAACACACGUGCUGUUAGAGACAGCCUUGUAUUCCAACUGGGAACCUGAUUUAUGACAGCAGUGAUAAAUGAAAGUGCCAUUUUAACCUGCUUUUCAAAAAAAAAAUUUUUUAUUAACUCAAAUCUGCAAAAGGCUCCUUAUGAAAUCUCAGAGGUGUGUUUUUACAUGCUGUUGGCACAAAGCCAGAGCCUACUCAUUUCCUCGUGCUCCAAACAUAGAAAACACAUUAAAACAAACAAACAAAACAUGGUGUAUGAUCAGAUACGGUAAAUGGAUUGGUACAUAAAUAGCACUCAUACGGCCCAUUCAUUCAUACAGGGGUUCAGUAUCUUGCCCAGGGACACUAUGGCACACAGACUGGAGCAGCCAGGGAACCACUGGUAGAUGACCUGCGCUACUACCUGAGCCACAUCCACCCCAGAUAUGUAGAUGGAUGCAUUUGUUUUGCAAAAUCUUAAUUCCUUCUGACUUUUAUUUUGAAGUAAUUCUACUUAGAGAGACUUAUAGGCAGCAGCAGGAGUUUCUGAAUGCCAGCUGAGUUUUUGUUGUUGUUUGAUAGCACUCCACUCUGGAGGUGCUCAUUUUGGAAAUGAGCCAGACAGGUAACAUUACAGAUAUAACUCAGCCUCAAGUAGAAACUCACGAUCUUAUUGUCAUAUUGAAUACUGUCUGCUUCAUUCAUUAAAUCAUAUUUGGUAAAUAA